UACUGCCUUACACAAACCAGAAAAAAAGAAUAAAUAGACAGACAGAAAAAGAAAGACAGUAAAGGUAGAUAGAAGAGCUGUGUGUGCAACUAUAGCCGCAAGAAGAAACAACUCUCUCCGCCUCCCUCUUCUCUCCUUUUCACUCCUCCUCUGCCUUACCCAGCACUUACAGCCAUCCAUGAGUGUAACCAACUCCUCUGCCUAUCGAUCGGAGCGUAGUUUCCACCAGACUUCAUCCUCAACUACGUCCUCUGGUAACCCAUACAUGGAGAAGAGCCGGGGACUAUUUGCUGAGGACUUUGGCUCGUUCAUGAGGCCUGGGAGCGACUCCUUGGGUUUUUCCAGUGGAGCUGGAAAUAUCAAGACUCUUGACGAUUCGUACCAGUUCACAGUUGACGUGCGAGAUUUCUCCCCUGAAGACAUCAUCGUCACCACAUCCAACAACCAGAUAGAAGUCCGUGCGGAAAAGUUGGCCCAGGACGGUUCAGUGAUGAACACUUUCACCCACAAGUGCCAGCUACCCGAGGACGUGGAUCCCACCUCAGUGACAUCAUCAUUGGGCACCGAGGGGACCCUCACAGUCCGGGCACGGCGAAAUCCAGCCAAGCAUGAGCUCGUACAGACCUUCCGCACCGAGAUCAAAAUCUAGAGACGGUCCGAUCCGUCACUUCCUGUGCUUUCAUACCAUUUCCUUUGCUUCUUAUCCUCACUGUCAUCAUUCAGUUUUACUUCAAACACUCAGAGAGCUGACACUGUGCUCUGCGUGACACAAUGCCACUCUGUUGCUGCUCAUUUAUGUGUUGUGAGUUAGCUCAUCCCGCACAUACACAACGGGACAUACACAUUAAUUUAAGGAGACACAAGGGCUUGGAGCACCAUUUUGCACAAAGAUGUAGACACACAACCAAUAAACCAUCAGUUAACUUCUCCUCUACCCCUCCCAGUGUUAUUCUAAAACUUACCAGUCACUUCUAAAGAUGAUAAGUU